UCGAAUGAAUCUCGGUCGUUCAGAGCCUGGGGAGCCUGUCCAAGUGUCCGCUUCCAAAAGGCAGCAGCAAGGGAGUGGUGGGGGAUUAAGCAGAGGAGCGCAGAAAAAGCCUGCGGAGGAAUGCUGCUGUGGGACGCUGUGUUCAGUGCCCGGGAACGGCUCCUGGCCCCGAUGGACUACCAAGAGAACAAGUACCUGGACGAGCAUGGGACACGCCCCCCCUGCAGAAGCUGCAUGCCCGGGCAGGAGCUUUCCAAGGACUGUGGCGACGAUGGCGGGGGGGAUGCGCAGUGCGUUGCCUGCCCUCCUAGGAAGUUUAAGGACAGCUGGGGGCAUCACGGCUGCAAGCCCUGCCUGUCCUGCACCCUCAUCAACCGCAUCCAGAAGUCCAACUGCACAGCGACGACCAAUGCGGUCUGCGGGGAAUGCCUGCCGGGGUUUUACCGCAAGGCGCGGAUCGGCGGGCAGCUGGACUGGGAGUGCAUCCCUUGCACGAAGCAGACGCCCUCCUCCGAGCCUCAGUGUCGAUCCAGAACAAACCUGGUGAAGGUAGCUGUCCCAACCGUACCGCCGCAGGACACAGCCCUUCUUGCGCUGACCAGCAGUGCCCUGGUCAUCAUCGUACUGGUGCUUCUGGCACUCUCCAUCAUCUAUUGCAAGCGGUUUUGGAAGAGCCAGUGCCAGCGAGUCUUCCUGAGGACUCAGAACUUCUCGGGCCAGCGAGCAAUGUUCCCGACCACGGCGGUGCCCGGCAGAUUCCUGUGUGAGGAGCAGACGUCUGGUCCCUGCUGCCUGGGUGUGAAGAACCUGAGCCCCUGCUACAGGCAGGCAGAAGGCCCCGUGGAAGCGGUGCAGUUCAUUUCAGACGGGGAAGCCGUGGGUCUCCAGCUCCCCUCUCUCCAGCCAGAGAUGGACUUGCUGCCGGUCGGCACUGCCUCCAAAGCCCAGCUGGGCAGGAGCUUCCUGGAAAGUCAGCCCCUCAUCCGGGCCUCGGGCCACGGCAGCUGCCUGGCCGGGGUCCUGCCACCCUCCGACCUCAGGCAGGGCCAGCCAGGCACGGCGGAGGCCCUGGCCCCCCUCUCCUCCUGUGCCUCCGAGAUGCAGCACAAGUGGCCGCAUGCCCCGGUGGAGUGCACCGAGCUGGACCUCCAGAAGUUCUCCACCCAGGCAGAGUUUGUGGGUGGCGAGCGGCCAGAGGACGCGGCGAGCCGGGCGGUGCAGAGGAUGCCGGCAGAGAGCGGUGGCGCAGGGCGGGAGGGGGCCCAGCGCCUCCCCUCCACCUUCCCGAAUCCCACCGCCCAAAGCAGGGAGCAGCCGGUGGAUGAAGCCCAGAGCCUCGUGACACAGAUCAGCAGCACGGCAAAGGGUCUCCUGGUAGCAGAGCUGCCCCAUUCCCUGGUGCAAUCACUUGCCUUCUUGUUGGACCCUUCCUUGAACGGUGUGAAGAACUUCAGCCACGUGGCAGUGGAGCUGGGGGUUGCGCCCCAGUUUCUGGGAGGGAUAUCUGGAUUUAAGCAGCUCAUCGCUCACUUCACCUACUCGGGAGAGGCGGUCACCAUCCCGCUGCUGGCCCAAGCUCUGCUGCGGCUCCAGCGGUUCGAUGCCUUGCUCCUGCUGUGCGACCACUUCACGCUUAGCCCAGCUCAGGGCCGCCAGCGCUAGAGGACAGGGAAGGGACGGAGGAAGCUCCAAGCACUGUGUGUACUGGUAUGGGAGAGGAUCUGGUAGUCCUGUGGUCACAUAAUCUCUCUGGUGUACACGUGGGGAAUACGUGGAGAUGGUCUUUGCAUCGCGGAACAGAAGGACGCGAUGGGGAGCGUCCCUCCUCGGGGGAGGGCUGGGAGGCUGCAGCUGUGCCUCCUCCCAGCCUCCGUGCGGGAGGGUUUGCUCAGGCCCCUCCGGAGGCCAUUUUUCUCGGGCUGUGUUGACACCCCUGUCUGGCAGCGGAGUGCCGUCAGUCUCGGUGCCGCCCACGCCACGCUGUUCUCACUCUGCAGUGAGCCCUGUGCUACCCCCACUGCUGGCAUGGGGUCCCUUGGCCAGGGCGCUCAGUCUCCAUGGGCAGCCACCCUCCUGUGGGCCCAGCCAUCGCUUCCCUCCCAUUCCAGCUUUCCCGUCCUUCGUGUGGCCUGUGCUCUGCUCUCCCGGGUGCCGGUUGCCACUUGCCCAGUUUACUUCUUGCUUGCUCCUCCCCCUGUGCACCAGAGACAGUCCUCAGCGGAGGACCUGGCCGUGGCUGCUGCACCAGGCUCCAGCCUUUGGUCUCCCUGUGCCACACCAGUGCCUUCCCCUCUCCACGUCCUUUUUGUGAAGCGGUGCAGUUUUCUUUGCAGGAGUCUCGGACCGGUCCCCGGCAUGGGGUGACAAAUCCCUGUUACAGCGCAGUGCUGUGGCCGCCGGCCUGGGGCGGGUGCUGGCUCGCUUCCCGGGCUCCCGCCGCGCGCCCUGGCACCGCGGACGCCUGCUGACCGCCAGCCUCCAGCGCCGGGGCUUUGCAAACCGCGCUGCGGUGACACAGGGCGGCAGGGGCAGGGCUGCUGCCCCCCGUGCCCCAGGGAGCAGCCGGCGCUCUGCCAGCGCUGGGCGGCAGCUGGAGGCUGCAGCCUGUUGACCACGGCUGGGUCGCAGUCGGUGGUGACGUCCCCGCGCCACUCACGGCAGAGCCGGCUUGUUUUAAAAUAAUAUUUUUCCUUUUCUUUUUUUCCUGCCUAAAAAUGGCCUAAUUUUCUCACUUCUGGGAGCAGCUGCUAGCGAGGGGAGCACCCUUCUGCUUUUACUUUCUUCCUGGAGGAUUUGUCAGAGCUUGCAACGGUCCCGCCUACGCCGGGUGCCCCUGAUUUUGGGAGUUGUGCCCCGGGGCUGGUGGCUGCAGGCGUUCGGGCUGUGUUCUCCUGAACCUGCCCCCAGCCUCUGGAGCAUUUCAUGGGAUUCUGUGGGCGGCCUGACAGACGGGGCUUAGGGGAUGCAGCGGGUGCCGGUGCCGGAGCCGGGCGCUGCGCCUGGCCGCCUCUCUGCAGUCUGGCAUGUCUGUCGGGGGCGAGUGCCUGCACAUGGGGCGAGGUGGCGCGGGGGCGGCCAGGCAUGCGGGGAGCUGCCCCAGCACGGCCGCCAGCUGGCGUGGGGCCAACGCGGCGGUGCCGGCGCCCGGCCGCGGAUGCCGUUCCUGCUGAGGUCAUGGGCAGAGCAGCCGGCGGCGGGUGCCGGCGACCCCCAGUUCCCCACGACCUGCGGUUCAACGCCGGGCACCUCUCGGUGGCAUCUGUUAAGUGUCACCCCGGGUUGUCCCAGCACCCCCGGUGGCAGCGGCCGGGCCGAGCUGGCAGCGCUCGCUCUGGCGCUUCGUUGCUUUGUUCCUCAGCGCCGGGGCUGGCUCUGGCAGCUGCUUUCUGCUUUCUCUCCUGUCGCCGGGGUCCUUGGCUGUGCUGGCGGCGCGGCCGUCGCCAGCAAGCGGCACUGUUACCCUGCUGCCCGCCCAGGCACCCGGUGGGCAUCCCUAGCUCAGCUCACAAGUUUUGCCUUUUAUCUGACCACAGUACUUGGAAAAAGCGGGCGACCUUCUGGGAAGGCAGCCCUUUCCUCAGACCUGCCCGCACACGGGUAUUAAUAGCUGCUGUUCUUUUUUCUGUUCCCCAUUAAAUGCUGUUAAGACUUGAACAUGCUCAGGAUAUGGUUAGAUAACGGGAGGCAUGGGCAAUUUCAGCUGGAUGUGACGCUUUCUCUCCCCUGCUGUUCGUUUCUUCCAAAGUCAAGGUCAUUUUAUUGUUCUUCCUUCCGCCAGACCCAGAAGUAUUAGACCUUGUACCCGUUUUAGGCCAGGGUUAGUCAGGCUCUCGUUACAUGCUUUGUCUGUUAUGGAGCAGUCAGGAAAAGCAUUUCUAGAGCAAACGUGGCCUGGGGUCAGGGUUUUUUUAUCUGAGGUUUUUCUGGGGCAGGGAGAGAGUGUUUGGAUUAAUCACAUACAAAAUGGAAUAAAUAUUUAAUCCCUCUGUGGACGCACUUAGUCCCUUCCAGCGGGAAUUAAGAUAAAUUCUCCUACAGCAUCUGAGUAAGAGGAUUUGUGCAGCUCAACUCACCAGCUCCAGCUUUGAAGUGGGACCGUGGCUUGUCCUGCCUGUCCCUGUGUCCGUGUGUCACGGAUGCCACCAGCGGGUGGUACCUCAGGGCGCCCAGAGCUGAGGCGGCCGGGCAGGACAGCAGAGCCAUGGGCAGGAAUGGCUGUUAAAUUAAAAGCCGUGAGCAACGAGGGCAUCGUCACAUGUGUGUGCCGCAGGUCCUUGCGUUUGUCCCUCCCGCGGGUGCCGAGCAGCUCUGCUGGUGUGCCAGUGGCGGGGCUCUGGACCCAUUGGAUGGAUUAUUUUUUAAUUUUUUUUUUUCCCUCCCUUUAAAGAAAUCAACCCCAUUCCCUUUGUAGUUUUUAAGGUAAACUAUUAUUUUUCAGGUGUUUGUCUGAGCAAUAUUAUUCAUGGUCAAAACUUAACCUCUGCCUCGCGGCUGAGGAGGUGGCAUGUGGGGUGGGUGCGUGCCGUGCCAUACACAACGCGUAGGGUGGGCUCGCGCCGUGCCGUACGCGGUGCGCAGGGUGGGCUUGUGCCUUGCCGCAGCUCCCCCGCCGGCGCUACCCCUCGAGCCCCAGCGUGGAGCUGGCAGGAGCCGGCAGCGUCAGGCACGGGUGGUUCUAGCCACGUUUUAAGCGUGGUUUAACUGUUCUCUGUCCCACCCAGAGCCUCGUAUGUGGUCUUGGUGCGAGUCGCCGUGGUUGGUGCUCCGGGGGGCUUGACCCUGCACGAGAGCGUUGCGGGACAGGGCUUUUUAGUGGUGGAGCACCCCACCAGCUCCCACCCAAGGGCUGCUCCCCACUCUCACCGGUGUCUGCGCCAGGCCCCCUCCUUCCAGCUGCAGUGACAAAAUCAGCUGUUUACACAUGGGCCAAAACUUCUACAGGUGGCCUUUGCCUCACCCCCCCCGGGGACCCCUUUGGCCAGACUGCUGUAAGCCCAGCUGAAGCCCAGGGUAGACGGGGAACCAUGAGAGCCUGAAAAAUGGGGCAUAGCACUGCGGUUUGGACACCAGAAAUGGCGGUGGUCCCUGGGAGGUGAAUUUCUUUAGCUGGGAACCAAUGGACUUGAUACUUGACUUUUGCAUUUUAAUAGUAUUUUCAGGACAAUACAUGGAAUGUAGGGGAAGGAAAUUCCCAUGGCGCUGGAUCUCGUGUUGCAGCGUCAGGAAGCUCUUCAUGCCAAGCUGGCAUGGCUCAAAAAGAGUGGAAAAAAAAAAUGAAAUAAUUCGGCACCUGUGCAAACUGUAGCUGGGGCUGAACAAUGGAAAUGCUCUUAUGCAGCAUAUUCUUUUUUUGUUUUGUUUUUUUACAAGCAAUUAUUUCUGACACUACCUUUGCCUGGAAGUCUGAUUUGCAGAGGAAUUUAUAUGAUUAGUUUAAGUCCAGCCCUGUUCUGGAAAGCUCUUAAGCACAGACUUAAAAAUAGGCACGUACUUAAAUCCUAUUAAAAUGAACAAGCAAUUGGUACAUCCUUGGGUGCUUUUCUUGAACAGGGUGUUUAUAAGAAUUGUACCUUGAACAUGCUCUUACACAAGCAGGCAAUACUGAAGAAAACUUGGUUUUAAUGAGCUGGGCACCCUUGUCAGAAAAGUCUGCAAGUGUUAGGGGGAAAUGCCCUAUGUGUUUUGAAUUACUUAAUAACGCAGACUCUGGUGCUUUUUUAAAAAAAAUAAUAAUAAAAAAAUAAAUUUCUGUAGUCGUGGUUUACCUAGGGGGAUACAUGGUAUUUUUUAUGGUUGACAUUAUUUUUCUGUAAGGAAGGUUAUGAAUAGGUUAUUUAUAUUUUUGUAAAUUCUGUGUCAUUACCAUUGUAAUUCUGAAGUAGAGUUGUUCCUGUUGUUUUUUGGGGUGAUGUCUGUAUUCAAAUAAAGCAGUAGCUGAAGCUCCUGCCCUCUUUGUCAAACAAGGGGUGUGUGCAUGCUCCACAUUCCUCCUAGACCUGGUGCUCUCGAAUGCCGUGUGUUUGUAGUUAAAUAAAUUUCGGGGUCGGA